UACAAUAUGUAAACAUCAGCCUCAAACCUGUCAGACAAGAUCCCAAUGCAUUUUAUACAUAAUGAAAUUUUGAACAGACUUAUUUUUUAUGAUUUUGCUAUUUAAUACAAACGGGGGCACUCGACUUCGUGAUUUAUCGGGAUGUGACGAUGCUGUCAAGAAGCGACAGUACUUCUGUGCAAGUGUCAGAAUGCUAGCGGCUAGUUAGCUCGCUGCUGGAUCACAUUCAUGCGCUUAUAGUUGUCUUACAUUUCAACGGAUUCGUCCAUUCUUUGUUACCGGCAGUCCAGACUCCUCUUCCUGCUGUGAAGGAUGGGUGUGAAAACCUUCACUCACAACUCCCCCAACCACAGCCAAGAGCUUUUAGAUAAGCUCAACACCCUACGCAGUGAGGGCCACUUUUGUGACGUCACCAUCCGUGUACAAGGCCAGAUGUUCUCGGCCCACAAGGUAGUGCUAGCCUGCUGUAGUGACUUCCUUCGAGCAAAGCUGUCUGGGAAGCCGGCUGAAGAAGACACUGUAAUAGUAGGUGAAGAUAACAAACAUGUGCUGGAUCUCCAACACGUGACGGUCGCAGGUUUCGCUCCUCUUCUGGAAUAUGCGUACACGUCCACCCUGUCCAUUAGUACGGAGAAUAUCAUCGACGUACUGGCAGCUGCUAGCUACAUGCAGAUGUUUGCGGUGGCCAACACUUGCUCUGAGUUCAUGAAGUCCAGUAUCCUGUGGAACUCUGCAUCCUCAGCAGCAGGAGGUCCUGGUAGCACCCAGCCUCCAGUUUUACACAGACCCCAAGAGACCCCUGAAGGUCAUGCGAGCUGCACCCUCGCCCCUGUAGAUGCCCUCUCGCCGUCUCCGGUCUCAUCUGAAUGCAGCGUACCGGAGCGGCCCAUUCCUGUGUGCCGCGUGUCUAGACGCAAGCGCAAAGGCUUUGCGAGCCCGCAACCAGCAUCCUCAACCUCUCCCCAAGUCCCCAACCCUUCUCCCUCCUCUUCCUCCUUCCCAGAGAGUUCAGCGCAGGCUCUGGAACCAUCUCUGACCUUCUCCUGGACAUACCCCUUUGGUGUGGACCGGCGGUUUGCGGCAGAAAAGUCAAAACUACCUGAAGGCCUCCUGGAACCAUCUGGAGCACCGGGUCAGGAUUCUAGUGGACGGGCGUUGGUGGAGUAUUUGGCCUGCGAGGGCCCACAUGGCCUGGGCGUAGGGGGCGCAGCAGGGGUGGAGGAGGAGGAAGAAGAAGAUGUGCAAGUGAAGGUGGAAAGACUGAGUGAUGAAGAAGUGCAUGAAGAAGCUUCGCAACCAGUCAGUGCUCCACAUAGUUCUCUGAGUGACCAGCAGACGGUUCCUGGCAAUGAACACACCCAAGAAGAUCUACUCAUCAGCCCUCAGUCCUCAUCCAUUGGCUCCCUGGAUGAGGGGGUGACAGAGGGUCUCCAAUCCAUGCAGGGCACUCCAAACACUACUGGUCACAUGGAGGAGGAUGAGAGGCUGGAGAAUGUCCAGUACCCAUACCACCUGUACAUUAGCCCUUCCACUCGCCCAGGACUCAACAGUCCUGAACGGCCUUUCCAGUGCCCUACAUGUGGCGUCCGCUUCACUCGAAUACAGAAUCUCAAGCAGCACAUGCUCAUCCACUCUGGUAUUAAGCCAUUCCAGUGUGACCGCUGCGGGAAAAAGUUUACGCGGGCUUACUCUCUGAAGAUGCACCGGCUGAAGCACGAAGGUAAACGCUGUUUCCGGUGCCAGAUCUGUAGCGCCACUUUCACUUCCUUCGGUGAAUAUAAGCAUCACAUGAGGGUGUCUCGCCACAUCAUCCGCAAGCCUCGGAUUUACGAGUGCAAAACGUGCGGCGCCAUGUUUACCAACUCCGGCAAUUUAAUCGUACACCUGAGGAGUCUCAACCAUGAGGCGUCAGAACUAGCAAACUACUUCCAGACCAGUGAGUUCAUCCUCCCAGACUACCUGAGUCACAUGCAAGAGGAAGAGGGGCUGGGACACUUUGAGAUGAGUGAGCAGACCUUUGAAGCUUCUUCCUCCUCUUCCUCGGUCCAAACACCAGUUAUCUCUCAAGUUUCCUCUACCAUGAACUAUGACAACCACACUUCUGCACCUCCUUCCCAAACCCCAAACCCCAGGUCAAGGAAGGGAGGGGAGGCCGCACAAGGGGACCACCCGAAGUCCACCGCUGCUGUUACCUCUCUGCAAGACCCAGAGGAAGACGAGGGAGAGAUGGAGAGAGGUGGAAGAAAGAAGAAGAGACUAGUGUCAAUUACAAUUGAGUAAAAACGUUCCAUAAGUGUAAACAUGUAUAAAAACAGUCAGUGUCCUGUUGCACAUUCAAUACUUCUGUUGUCGACGGUUUAUUAUACUCUCAGAAAAAAAUGUACCAAAGCUGCCAUUGGGGUGGUACCAUUGAAAAAGGUACACCUUUGUACCUUAUUUAUCUGUAAAGAGCGCAUAUUGGUAUCUUAAAAGUAUUAGUACCUAAAAUGUAUAUUUUAGUACCUUCUGAAAGGGUACCACCCCAGUGACAACUUUUGUUCUUUUGUUCUGAGAGUGUAUGUUUUAACAGCUUAUAAACUUGGUGUAACGCCUUUUAAUUUGUGUAGGUUACUUUAAAUUGUUGUAAAAUCACAUUUGAUAUGGAUUUACAUACAAAUCUAUCUGAAAGAGUGAUCAUGGUUCUAAAUUUAAAAAAGAAAAAAAAAACAUGAAAUAAAAAGUGACUUUUUAUUAGUAACCCAUUAAUAUC